UGCUAUAUGUCACAGCACUAACCUCUAGUACAAAAGUAAAUGAAAAUAAAACAAUAAAAGUUUUUAAAUCUUAUCACUUUGUGUGCGCUUUGGCUGUAUGCAACUUGUGUAGCAACAGUAUGCGCAGAAACGAGAUAUCAACACGAAAUAGCCGACGCCGCGCCGAUCAUGAAAGUCAGAUGGGGACUGCCGAGUUGGUAUGUUUCAAUCCUGGUGUCUCAGAAAAUCGAUUACAUAUUUUGCUCAUUUAUUUAAAAAGUUUUUCAUUGUUCUUUCUUAAAUUCAGUGUAUUCAUUAACUAUCUAUUUUUAUUCAAUCAAUAAUAACCACAGCAAUAGUUAAUUAUAAUUAUUCUAAUUGUUAUUAGUGAAUUGGCAUUAUUUUUAUCUCAACUAUUUGUGAUUUUUGUUUGGUCCUUAUCAUCUUUCUAGUGCAGUGGAGAUGAGUGUAUUAAAUAUUUAAUAAUUAUAAAGGUCCAAACUGAAGGAUGAAGAAAUGAAAUUCAUAAAAAUGAUUUUUCCUUGAUUAAUUAUCAAGAAGCAAAAUAUUAUAGUGAAUAAAAAUAAAUAUGUGUAUUUAAUAAUAAAUUAAUAAAAAUUUUCGGGAUCCGAAAAAUCAAUGGAUAAAAAAACGAUGGAGAUUAACAAUGUGGGAAAUAAUAACAAGAGUUUAAUUCACUUGGCAAUAUCAUUUAGAAAGUUGUGCAUUGCUACAGCAUGUUUACCAUUGGUUACAUUAUUGAUUUGUUUUGUUACUGCUUAUAUAUUUCAACAAGAUGAUAUUCAUGAGACACAUUGUCGGGUGUACAAUGUUCUACCGUCAAUAUCAGCAAUAACUGGUGUAUCACCACAAAGAUAUUUAUGGCGUGUAACAAUAGCAUUACAUAUUGGACCACGGCUGGUGAUAGCAACUGUCUACCACUCGUAUUACCGUAAGAUUUUAACAGACCUUGAAGAUUUGCCAAAAAAAUUAAUCGGAUGCAGACUAUUAAAUCUCUGCUUUUGGUUGAACAUCAUUGAAAUAGCUGCAUUGUGCGGCGUAACAUAUAUAUCUAAUCGAGAAAAUUACUAUGCUCAUGAAAAAAUCUUUAUAAUGUUCAUGGUCAGUUCACUGACGUACAUGUUGGCAGCAGUCAAACUGGGUCGUUUACUAACACCUAACGCACAAAGUCUUCAUUAUAAACAAAUUUUAUUUACUACCAGUAUUGUCAGUACAAUUGGCCUUAUAAUAUUUUUUUUGAAACACCGUUUACUAUGCCAUGAUUUAGCAUUUAGUUGGUUUUCACUGUGUGAAUAUAUUAUUGCAUCGGCGAAUAUGGGUUUCCAUGUAACUGUAAUAAUGGAUUUUCCAAAAGAACAAUUAAUAGUAGGAUAUGGAUUACCCGCCACUAAGGUUGAUUAAUGAUUGUAAUCAACGGAUAAAUAAUUGUCAUUAUAUUUUAAAUUUACUUUAUUAAUUUCAUCUUGAAGUGCCUGAUGCCUUGAUGUUCGUUACUAGAUAUGCUACCGUUUAUAAAAAACUUAUUUGCCAAUCUCGUAUCUGAAUGCUUCCAAAGUAAAUAAAAAUAAAAACAAUAAUAAAUUAAUAAUUAAAUAAAGAAAUAAAAUAAAAUAAAAUGGCACUGGGCACUGAUCUGAUGAUGUUGAACGUGAUAAGGCCUUUUCUUGUUAUACCUCUGAAUAGAGAUUUAUACUGAUAAUCAUGGGGUAAGAUUAAUAAUGAUGUCUAAGUAAGUUAUAAAUUGAAUUUAAAACGUGAUGAACAAUCUUGAUAUUCAUAAUUAGAUAAUUACUAAUUAAAAUGAAUGCCGUGCAUUAUUACAAAUAAAUACAUUUUUUUUUAUUUUUUUUUUUUUUUAAGUUCAUAAAUAAAUAACUUAUACUAAUUAGCUAAUUUAAAGUGCGCGGAAACUACGAGUGCAAUAAGACAUCUAGUCGUUUUACUCAUGCAGUCUAGUCGGCAUAAG